AAAAUUAUCAGUGAGACAGCUCUGAAGUUCCAUUUCUCUCUGCUCCAACACUUCAAUCACUCUCUCUAUCUCUCUCUCUCUCUCAAUCUUCAACUCUACGCUAUCUCUUCACAGCCUCUCCCAAUUCUUCUCCAUCUUCUUCUUCGGAAGCGCAGUUCGGCGGGUGCAGAGUGAGCUUUCUAGGGUUUCAUUUGAGCUCUGUCAUUUUUGAUACAGAGCUCUAAUCUGGCAGCGACCUGGCUGCUUUCGCGCUAUGUGACAGCUAAGAAGCUGAGCACCAAGAAACAUGCCUUCAUGGUGGUCAAAGUCAUCCAAGGAACCAAAGAAGAAAUCAAAUAAAGAAAGUUUCAUUGAUACACUACAAAGAAAGUUGAAGAACCCAUCUGACAGUAAGUCUUCCAUUAAGCCUGGAGGAUCUCAAAAGCAUAGUAAUAACACGGUUGCAGAGAAGUGGUCUCAAUCUCAAGCUCAAUCAAGAUCAACAUCACCUUCCAAACAUGUACAAAGAUGUCAAAGCUUUGCUGAAAGGCCACUGGCCCAACCACUUCCCCUUCCGGGCUUGCAUUCCGCAAGAGUAGUCCGAACAGACUCUGGAAUCAGUUCAUCAACAAAGCCAAAGCUGGAGAAGGUAUCCAAGGCAUCCCUUUUUAGGCCUCUACCUAGGCCUGGAUGCAUCAGAAACAGAUUGGAUCCUGCAGAUGCAGAUGGGGAAUUGGCAGUUGCAUCAGUGUCAAGUGGAUGCUCUGUUGAGAGUGAUGAUCUGACUGACUCACGGCAGCAUAGUCCACUUGCAUCUGAUUAUGAAUUCGGGAGCAAAACUGCCUUGGGUAGCCCAUCUAGUGUGAAUGUUAAGGAUCAAUCGCCUGUUGGACAAAUAAGUGUGAGAGAGCCAGCAGAACCAAUUAAUCUUUCCAUCAGCAGACAUGUCCCAUCUUCGUCUCCUAAAAGGAGAAACAGUCAUGUGCCUAAUAUACAAGUCCCUUGUCAUGGUGCUUUUUGCAGUGCUCCGGAUAGCUCAAUGUCCAGUCCUUCUAGAAGUCCCAUUAGAAUUACUGGCACUGAGCAAGUUCCAUGUUCUACAGUAUGGGUAGGAAGGGCUUUUCCUGAUUUUCAUUUGCAUGGUUCUAGCUAUUGUUCAAGUCCAGGCUCGGGCCAGAAUUCUGGGCAUAAUUCAAUGGGAGGAGACACAUCAGGACAAUUAUUUUGGCAGCCUAGUAGAGGAAGUCCUGAAUAUUCUCCAAAUCCUAGUCCCAGAAUGAGAAGUCCUGGACCUAGCUCCAGAGUUCAAAGUGGUGCCGUCACACCAAUUCACCCAAGGGCUGGAGGUGGAGCAUCUGAACCCCACACUAACCGAACUGAUGAUGGAAAACAACAAAGUCAUCCCUUGCCCCUUCCUCCCUUAACAGUGCCCAAUUCUUCACAUUUUUCUCAUUCAAAUUCAGCCGCUGCAUCUCCCUCGGUGCCUCGAAGUCCAGGGAGAGCAGAGCCUCUAACAAGUCCUGGCUCACGCUGGAAAAAGGGAAAGUUGUUGGGUAGGGGCACAUUUGGACAUGUUUAUGUUGGUUUUAACAGUGAUAAUGGUGAAAUGUGUGCAAUGAAGGAAGUUACAUUAUUUUCUGAUGAUGCAAAAUCAAAGGAAAGCGCUAAGCAAUUGGCCCAAGAGAUUGCAUUUUUGAGCCGGUUAAGGCAUCCAAACAUUGUACAGUAUUAUGGGUCUGAAAUGGUUGGCGAUAAGCUGUAUAUAUACUUGGAAUAUGUAUCUGGUGGUUCUAUCUAUAAGCUUUUACAGGAUUAUGGGGCAUUUGGAGAAACAGCCAUCCGAAGUUAUACCCAGCAAAUCUUAUCUGGACUUGCAUAUUUACAUGCUAAAAAUACUCUGCAUAGAGAUAUUAAAGGAGCAAAUAUUCUUGUGGAUCCAAAUGGUCGCAUCAAGUUGGCUGACUUUGGCAUGGCAAAGCAUAUUACAGGGCAGUCAUGUCCUUUGUCAUUGAAAGGAAGUCCUUAUUGGAUGGCUCCUGAGGUCAUUAAGAAUUCAAAUGGCUGCAACCUUGCUGUUGAUAUAUGGAGUCUUGGGUGCACAGUCUUAGAAAUGGCCACUUCAAAACCUCCUUGGAGCCAGUAUGAAGGGGUUGCUGCAAUGUUUAAGAUUGGCAAUAGUAAAGAACUUCCAACAAUUCCGGAACACCUAUCAAACGAAGGGAAGGAUUUUAUCAUGAAAUGCUUGCAGCGUGAUCCACUCAAUCGUCCUACUGCUGCUCAGCUAUUAGACCAUCCUUUUGUAAAAAAUGCUGCCUCUCCUGAAAAGCCUACUAUUGUCCAAUCACAACCUGAUCCUCCAUUUACCAGCACAAAUGGCAUCACAUCUCAGGGCAUUGCGCAUAGAAGAAAUAUUCCUAAUUUUGAACCAGAAAGACUUGCUAUCCACUCAUCAAGAGUAUCAAAAUCUACUUUCCACUACAGUGAUAUCCACAUUCCAAGGAAUGUUUCUUGCCCAGUCUCUCCAAUGGGGAGCCCCCUUUUACACCCGAGGUCUCCUCAACACCUAAAUGGGAGGAUGUCUCCAUCGCCCAUAUCAAGUCCUCUCAACACAUCGGGCUCAUCCACACCACUCUCUGGUGGGGCUGGUGCAAUCCCAUUUCAUCACUUCAAUCACUCGGUCCACUUGCAAGUUAAUGGCCCUUAUUGGGAUCCUGAUGUCUUUCGAGGGAUGCAAUCAGGAUCUAGUGUCUUCCGUGACAUGACACCGUGUGAAAAUGAUGCACUUGGGAAGCAGUUCGGAAGGCUCACCGGUGUAGAAACUAAUGAUGGGCAGUCGGUCUUGGCUAAUCGUGUUACUCAGCAACUUUUAAGGGAUCACGACAAACCAGUCCCAUCACUAGAUCUGAAUCCUUGCCCCCCCUUGGCAGGUCGGACAGGAGGGACAUGAACUAAUUCCUUUUCAUUUUGUUUUUUCAGGAAAAAAAAAAAAGAGGGAAAACCUAUUGCCUUACAUUGUUUAACGGGUUUACUUCAUAAUUGUCUAUCAUUGUAAAGGAAGCUAAGGGUCAUCCAACUGGAGUAACAAUUCUCCGGGGAUUCCUUCGCCCUUUUUCAUCGCUCGAGCAAUGGUAGUAAUGCCUUCCAAGGUACACUAAGCUUGACCUCCCUCCCACUUUGCUAUCAUUUCCAAGUAUAAAGCUUCUUCUUCUUCCCCUGCAAAUGUUGAACUGACCUGCUGAGCUGUCACUGAUACCUUCCCCGAACCUCACAGCGGCUUGUACAAAAUUGAGCGCUAAAGAUUGAACUUGAUGAUGAUACUUAACUGAUGCAUUACUGAAUUAUCUGCUUGCUUGUUUUGGGGAUGACGGCGUCAAGUAAUUCAGUUAAUAGCUGCUUUUUUUUCACUCAGAUGGUUCUUGUAUCAAACAACUUGUAUAUUUAUCAUCAAAUAGAGGAGGAUAUUAAAGAUUAAGCCCUGGAUGGAUGGAUAUUCACUACGUCUGGGAAUUCCCUUCUUUUUUCUUUGGUGGCAGGUCCAAGUUGACUGUACAGCAAACAGUGAGUGAAGAGAUUCACAACUCUGCAGAUUAAUCAAAUAACAGUUACUUACAUUA